AUGGAGGGGGCCAAAGUGGCAGUUGUCUAUUUGCCGGCUGAGGAGGAAGACGCACAGCAUACAAAGGCUCAGGUCGAAAAGAAUGGCGGUGAAAUUCUCCUCAUUGCUAGUGACCUAAGCAACUCGAUCAAUUGCAAAGAUGUCGCAGAAAGGGUAAAGGCUGCAUUUGGCACAAUCCAUAUUCUAGUUAAUAAUGCUGGUACUCGAAAUGAAAAGGGAAGCAUUUCUGAUAUUUCCGAAGAGCAAUGGGCUUCUACCUUUCGCGUUAAUAUUGAUUCUUUCUUCUAUCUAACCAAAGCUAUACUACCAUCUAUGGCUCAAAAUGGUUCCAUUAUCAAUAGCGCUUCGGUAGACUCAUAUAUCGGUGUCCCCAGCAGACUCGACUAUGCCACAACCAAGGGCGCUAUAACUGCUUUCACUCGCUCACUCUCCAAUGACCUGGUUAAGAAGGGUAUUCGAGUGAACGCUGUAGCUGCUGGUCCUGUUUGGACACCUUUGGUUGCGUCGGGUGUUGAUAAACCUGGGCAACACGGACAUGGCUUAGGAAAUUGGACGCCAAUGGGCAGAGUGGGCCAACCUGUCGAGAUUGCCACCAGCUAUGUCUUUCUCGCAGCAAAUGAGUCUCAGUUCAUGAGUGGGCAGACACUGCAUCCAAACGGGGGUAUUGUGGUCAAUGGCUGA